AUGUGUCGACGGGGUGGAUGGCUAAUGGGUACGAGGCGUCAAAAACAAAUAUACAAAGAGAUCGUCGUAGAAAAUCUCAAGAGGCCUGGGAAUAAAAAAAUAGGUGUUGUGGAAUUUUUGGGUUUCGCCGGGGAGGAGAGGAAGAUAAUCAAGAGGAUGGUGGUAGGGUGGCGAUUAUCGGGUCCCGAGGAAAAAAGGGAAGUCGCGGGGUGGCAGAAAGAAUUGAAUUACGGAGAAGAUCAAAUCUUAGGCACGGUGAAUUGA